AUGGCAGAAACCACCGCGAAAACUGAGGAGGAUGUCGCCAACAAUAAGGCAGCAGGUGAACACAAGAAAGGCAAUUUGAGAGAAACUGCAGAGAGGCUUGUAAGACGGGUGGAAGAACUUUCGGCAAACAUGAGUCGAAUAACAACCAUUAACAGAAAAGACCAGAGCCGAGAAGCAGCAGAAUAUGUGUGUUACCCGGGUCACCCGGAUCAAGCUAGUGUCAUAAAAGUGACAAAGACUGCCAUCGCCGAUGCUGGUGACAAUGCUUACUUUGAAUGUGUGGCAACAGCGAAUCCUUUAAGUAACGAUGUCAUAAAGUGGAGAAGAAAAGGCUUUGAUAUGAGCAGAACACAGGAGGUAGCUGAAAGAGGUAGAUCAUAUUUGACAGUUUUGAAUGUCAGUAAAGAAGAUAUUGGAACAUUUGAAUGUGUGGCUUACAAUGGUGUAGGAGAUGAAUCAAUUGGACGAGCGCAGCUGAUUGUCAAGUUUAAGCCGAAGAUUCAUCUUCCAAAAAAUCUUUUGAAUGUUGCCGGAGAUAUUGGAGAAACGGCUAGAUUGGUGUGUUUAGCUGACGGUGCUCCCGACAUUAGUUUUGUAUGGUCCUAUAAUGGAGGUAUAAUUGGAGAUAAUUUUAGCAGUGAUAAAUAUGCUUCUCAAUCAACGCAAUUAACUGAAAUCAAAUGGGAGAGCGUGCUAUUUGUAAGAAACUUGAAAAUAAAUGAUUUUGGACAAUACGCGUGCGUUGCUCGAAAUGAAUUAGGACACGACCAUAUGAAAUUAAAAUUACGCAAGAGAGGUAGACCCGAUCCUCCCGAAUCGUUACGUGUUGUAAAUAUUACACACGAUAGCGUCAUUCUUAGUUGGAUUCCUGGUUUCAGUAGUGGUUUGCCACAACAUUUUCGAAUAAAAUAUAAGAAAAGUGGUUCUAAAGAAUUUAUUGUUACGAACGUUGUUCCUUCUAAUUCGACGGUUUACGGAAUUAAAAACUUAGAACCCGGUACAGAAUAUGUGUUUGCAGUGGUAGCUCGAAAUGCCUUAGGUGAAAGUGAAAUUCAAGAGAAAGAAACAAUUACUUUUACUUUAACGGAAGGACAUAAUUUCAGAGAUUCAGCUAGUGCAUCUCUAGAUGCUUUCAGUGGAGAAGAAGGCGAAAGAAGGAAAAGAAGACAACAGAGAGCUAGUGCAGCGAAUGAAAGUGAAAAAAGUGAAACAACGCUGACUCCAUCCGAUUCACUUAUGUACACACCUAGCAAGUAUCAGCAAACAAUCAACGGGGAAGCGUUAUGCCCACUGGAUGAGAUGGAAGAUAACUGUCCAGAAGAACUAAUGAUGAAAGAAAUCGUGGAAGAUAGCGAUGGAACGGUCAAUUCUAAUCAUAAAUUAAUAACGGUUAAUGAAUUGGAUUGGAACGAAAAACACGACAAUGAAAAGAAAUAUUGUAGAGAAGAGGAAAAUUGUCCAGAUAUUUUAAGAAAUAGGAUUGAAGAUUCUAAAGUAAGUAAAAUAAUUGAAUUAUAACAGUAAAUAUAUAUAAUAAAGCUUUUUAAUAAAGAUUUUUAGCUUUAUUAUAAAGCUUACAAUCAUAAACAGAAGUGAAAGUUUUAUAUAACAUAGAGUUGCUUUUAGAAAUAAAUUAAUAAUGUGUGUAAAUAUAUGAUUUUAAUCUAAAGUUUCUUUCAAUAUGGUUAUAC